AUGCCGGGGAGAGGCAGGUGGGCAUCAGGACAAGGGCACCGGGGCUCAGACGUGCGGCAGCUCUGCCACACAGAGAGGCAAAGAGCGGGUUUGGGGGGGCUGCGGGCUGGCUGGCCAGCCCCCGAACCGCCGUCCUUGGCACCUCGGUCCUGUCCACACACCCCCGCCCCCGCCCUCCCCUCCUCCAUCAACUCCAACGUUAAGAAAGCGGAGCCGGAGGCAGUGCUGAGCCGGAUAUGCAGCGGCUCCCCGCAUCCCUCCUUGGGCUUCUACUUUGCCGGCGCGGCGCCCGGUGAGCCCGCGGCCGGCGCCACGGAGCGGGCGCAGGAGCCGCCGCCGGGCCCGCCGUGCCCGCUGGCGGCGGCGGCCUGGGCGCCCCGCGCGGCGCGCGGCCCCCCGCAGGGCUGCUUCGCCUGCAUCGCCAAGCCGCCCGCCCUGCGGCCCCCUUCGCCCGCGCUGGCGCCCGCCGCCGCCGCCGGAUACCUCAUGGAGAGCAGCAGCUGCAAGGGGGACAGCCUGCGGCCGCCCGUGCCCUGCAAGCACCUGGUAGAGAAGAAGACGAUGACCAACCCCACCACGGUGAUCGAGAUCUACCCAGACACCACCGAGGUGAACGAUUACUAUCUGUGGUCCAUCUUCAACUUUGUCUACCUCAACUUCUGCUGCCUUGGCUUCAUCGCUUUGGCCUACUCGCUGAAAGUCCGGGAUAAGAAACUCCUCAAUGACUUAAAUGGAGCAGUUGAAGAUGCCAAGACAGCUCGGCUUUUUAACAUUACCAGCUCGGCCCUUGCCACCUUCUGUAUCAUCCUUAUCUUCAUCUUCCUGCGAUACCCACUCACUGACUACUAGAGCGAGGCCAGCAGCGGCAGCUGCCAAAAUGCCUCCAUGCCGAAAGUGUCUGCAGUUAUUUCCUGUAGCAAGGACGCAAAAACAACAACUACACCUUGAUUGCAAAAAAAAGAGAAAAAAAAAAGAAAAAAGUAAAUACAUAACUAAAAAUUAAAUGAUUUUAUCAGCCUGAUGAAGCAUACCCUUUCUGCCCCUAAACUGUAUGCGAACUGUAGGAAAGGGUUUCACUUGUACAUUUAUACAGGGAGAAAAAUAUCUAUUUCAUAAUAAAAAGAAACCAAAACUGUGUGUCAGUAGAGUGCAAAACCUAGAGCUAAGUGACUCGAGCCAAGAUGCCCAGCCAGGAAACGUGGCUGCGGCGGUGCAGGAGGAAGAGCAGCUGCAGAAACCGUGGCCCAGACACUAAGGUUUGAUGCACGAGCAGUGAGCGCUGCUGCCGGGGAGCAGCAGGGCCCUGCCGGCCCCGGGGCUGCCGGCACCUCCCGAACCUCCGCGUUCAUCCGGAGCGGGAAGGAGGAAGGCACCGGGACUGCUGCUGAGAGGGAGAAACCUGGGCACCCGAGCAGGGCUGCCACAGAACAUAUCACACGUGUGCUCCCAAUAUACUCUUUUUUUUCCCUUCUUCUUUUCGAGGGGGAUGGUUUUAUUUUUCCUUUUCCUUCUCUGAUACAGUUCUCAGCUGAGCGUCAUCCAAUGGUUGCAACAACUUAGACCCCCCGGAGAACUGAAUGUUAUAGAAGUUCAUACUAGAGGACCCCAAAGCCUCCAGACAAGCCCCAAAGAGUUACAGCAGACCAUAGAAAAAGAAGGAAGGAGUCUCUGUGGGAUCUCCUGGCACGGCUGAGAAAUUAGGCACCUCCUGGAGAACGUGCGUAAAUUCUGUAAGCCGACUGCUACUGUACUUGUGUAAACGGUCAAUAAAGAUACCUCUGAUAUCUGA